AAUCUGUCGCUGUGUUCAGUAUUCUACAGAACAACGGAAAAGCUGCCGUAAAAGCGAGAUAGCAAGAGGAAGUGCGUCAGUGUGAAAUCAGUGGAACAGAGAAAAACAACUUCGGUAAACUUCGAUAGCCAAACGCGUGCACGUGAAAAAUCCCGCAUUAGAGAGAUCCGCCCGAUAACCUCAGCAGAGUUUACAGCAACUACUAGAAAUGGCUUCCGGAGUCACCGUAUCGGAUGUGUGCAAGACCACGUACGAGGAAAUAAAGAAAGACAAGAAACAUCGCUACGUGAUCUUCUACAUUCGGGAUGAGAAACAGAUCGACGUCGAGGUGAUCGGUGAUCGCAACGCGGAAUACGAUAGCUUUUUGGACGACAUACAGAAGGGUGGACCGGGUGAAUGCCGAUACGGCCUGUUCGACUUCGAAUACAUGCACCAGUGCCAGGGAACGUCGGAGAGUUCGAAGAAGCAGAAGCUCUUCUUGAUGUCCUGGUGCCCCGAUACCGCGAAGGUUAAGAAGAAGAUGUUGUACUCGAGCUCAUUCGACGCAUUGAAGAAGUCGCUCGUCGGCGUCCAGAAAUACAUUCAGGCCACCGACCUGUCGGAGGCUUCCCGGGAAGCGGUCGAGGAGAAGCUGCGCGCAACUGAUCGUCAAUAAGGAAAAAGUACUACUUAAGAGACGCACACAACAUACAUCUACACGCGGCGGACACACACAACACAUCCAUCAGAAAAGUCUUGCAGAACUACGGAGGAGGGCGGCGGCGAGGUGGCCGAGGAGAAUGCUCCUCCGAGAUCAUCGAGGGAACAAGAUCAUCGGAAUCAGCAGCAGCAGCACAACAUUUCUUCGCAACCUAAUUACUACCAACACACGGUUCCCUCGGCGGAACUUGCGAUCCUAAGUUCUUCUAAUUUCCACAACACACUAUCAUCAUUCGAACAAACAGCGCGCGUGAAAUAUUGCGAAGGACACAACGCACUUCACUAACCGCAACCACCACCAUCAUCAGAGUCAGGAUAAACCGGGAACGAGCAGCGUGUGUUCUCCCCGAGCGAGCGAGGAGUGGUCACCCCGGGGGGAAGAAAAGAGGAAGUUCACACCCAAGAAGCUAAAGAAAAACGCAUUGUGUGUGGCGCGCGCUGCACGAUGCGUCUACAAUAAAACUAAGCGAGAUAACAAGGAAAAGGAUCAAUAGAAAAACACAACAUUAUCUGGGCGCGCAGAGUAAGGAAAGAAAUCAUUGUGUUGGUCAUCGUGUGUGGUAAAAUGGAGCAAGGAUGAGCCGAAGAGAGAUUGGUGGUUCUGUUUUUGUAGAGAUUAAGGAUGCUUGAGGCUGAUUUAUGUGUGAGCGCGCAUUUCUCUACUGUCUGGUCGUCGUAGCCAAAAGAUCACUAGUUUUCAUUCAUCGUAUCCCGCGCGUAUGCUUUCUUGUGUUUUCCCUCUGUUUGCAAACAAAUAUACAUUUUUCAUGCGAGUAA